AUAAGAUCUACUCCGUUACGCAAACGUAGAGACUGGCAACACACUGCAAGUGAAUUUCAGGCAGACUGAACUGCGCGGCAAAAGAAGGGGGACACAAACAAAAACAUGUGGAUGAGGCGGUGAGAAUACGGUUCUGCAGGUGAGGAGAGCAUCUGAGUGGACUGAUUUUGGAACAUCAUGGGUUUGCACUCAACCCAGAAGAAGCACUUCCCCCUGCGGGGGAUCGAUGGCGUGGUUCAGCUGUUUGAUUCUGAGCUCCACAAGCCAGAGCCAGACCUCGCCCUUCUCUCCCUGGUCCUGGGAUUUGUCGAGCAUUUCCUAGCUGUGAACCGGGUCGUCCCCAUCAACGUGCCAGGGGUCCGGUUUGAACCACUGGAGGCGGACUGUCCCAACUCAUGCUUCCCCACUGUGGAACUGGGCAUGAUCUCUGCACUGUACGAGCGCUUCACGGCCCAGAUCCGUGGAGCGGUGGACCUCUCCCAGUACCGGAGGACGGGUUCAGGGUCCAGCAGGGAACUGGUAAAGAAAGUGUCUGAUGUGAUCUGGAACAGUCUAAGUCGUUCUUACUUCAAAGACCGGGCCCACAUCCAGUCUCUCUUCAGUCUCAUCACAGGUACCAAACUGGACAGCUCCGGUGUGGCUUUCGCAGUGGUGGCAGCCUGCCAGGUUCUGGGUCUAAAGGACGUCCACCUGGCGCUGUCUGAGGACCACGCCUGGGUCAUUUUUAGCAAAAACGGGGAAGAAACGGCCGAGGUGACCUGGCACGGGAAGGGUAACGAGGACCGACGAGGACAAACAGUCACAGCAGGAGUCAGUGAGAAGAAACUCUUAUGGUUGCUGUACGAUCGAGGCGACCUGGACAGGUAUCCUAUGGCCAUGGGCACUCUGGCAGACCUCGAAGAUCAGGAGCCAAUCCCAGACAAGGAGAGCCCCCUGCAAAUCCACCUCAAGGCUGUCGGCUCGGCUCAAAAGUUCUACAACAACGAGCACAUCUACCCUUACAUGUACCUGGCUGGCUUCCACUACAGACACCGGGAUGUGCGGGAGGCUCUGAAGUGCUGGUCCGAGGCAGCACAGGUCAUGCAAGAUUCUGACUCUGGGGACAGAAAGCUGACCAG